ACUCGAACUGAUGGAUGUUUAUGUAGUCAUUUGCCACCUGGUGGUGGCCCGGAGCACUGCAGGCUGCCGGUCCACUGCUUGAACUCGAGUACUUCCCUCUGAAGUGAGCAGGGAGCCGGGCGACAGACCGGGUGCGGUAGCCUACACAGCACGUCUCUCGGGUGUUUUAAAGGACUGUGAUCGCUUUGAUCGACACGUUUCGUAUAUACAGAAAGAAAGCCACACGCUAAACUUUAUGGCGGCCUGCUAACGAUUUCGACUCUUCUUCUUCAGCGAACUCAGCCAGUAAACAUCUCUACAAAGACGCCCACCCACCGGAGGCGAAUUAAAGACUGGCUUGUGUGCUUUUAAUGUGUAUAGCUGUGAAGUUUUGGGAUGACAGCUUAUCUGGAGACACAAUAUUAUCAUGAAAUCCUGCUGUUGACAACACUGCGCAUGACAGUGGCAAUGUUGAGGAUCAAAACACGUUAAGUCUUCUGGUAUGAUGACGUAAAGAAAUGCGACAGGAACUGAGAAUAUCGCGCGUCAUCGGGUGUUGUAGUUGUUGUCUGAGAAUCUUGAACAAGUAGCAGGAACGAGAAGUGGGCUAAUGGACAAAUACUCGCGCUUCGUCAACAGCGUUCAUCAAUUCAUCGCUCUCUAACGGAAAAGGUAUCGUGCUGUUUGGAAAGAGGCGUUGAAGUGCAGCGCAAAUUCAUGACAUUGCAGAGGACUACAAUGACCAGGCGGAGUGCAUCGCUGCGUGCCGUUACGUUCUGAAAGCAGCAGUGGCUACGUCUUUCAGGAAAAAAAAACAAACCGCUUCCGUGUUGUUCCUCUUCUGCAAUACAGACAAACAAGAGAUAACCGCAGGGAGAGGCGAUUCCGGACUGUCCGCGAGGAACCUUAGAAUGUUUUUGUAAGCACGGAAACGACCCCAAAAGAAAGCAAACAUGUCGUCAUCGCCACCUGGCAGCAACAAGAAUAAAAAAGACAAGCGCAUCCUGUCCGGCUCGUGCCCGGACCCUCAGUGCCAGGCGCGGCUCUUCUUCCCCGCGCAGGGCAAUGCCGCGAGCAUCGAGUGCACCGAAUGCGGCCAGCGGCACGAGCAGAAGAACCUGCUGCGCGUGGAGGAGGUGACGGACCCGGACGUGGUGCUGCACAACCUGCUGCGGCACGCGCUGCUGGGCGUCACGGGCGCCGGCGCGGGCGCGCCCAACAAGAAGGGCCCGGAGCUCGUGAAGGUGAUGGGUCUGUCGAACUACCACUGCAAGCUGCUGUCCCCGACGCUCACGCGCUACGGCAUGGACAAGGCGAGCGGGAAAGCCACGCUGCUGAGCGCCAUGAACCAGGGCGACAUGUUCGACUGCGCCCUGCUGGCGGAGCGCGCCUUCACGAUGGAGCGCGAGCACCUGGGCACGGCGGGCUACGGGCAGGACCGCUCGGGCAGCCUGCUCUACCUGAGCGACACGCUGGCGGAGGUGCGGCGGGCCAACGACGGCGGCGGCGGGCAGGAGCGGCGCGGCCUGGUGCCCGUGCACGUGGACGGCGACGGGCACUGCCUGGUGCACGCCGUGUCGCGGGCGCUGGUCGGGCGCGAGCUCUUCUGGCACGCGCUGCGCGAGAACCUCAAGCGCCACUUCCGCACGCACCUGCAGCGCUACCGGGCGCUCUUCAGCGACUUCAUCGACGCGGCCGAGUGGGAGGACAUCAUCAGCGAGUGCGACCCGCUCUUCACCCCGCCCGAGGGCGUGCCCCUGGGGCUCCGCAACGUGCACGUCUUCGGCCUCGCCAACGUGCUGCGCCGCCCCGUCCUGCUGCUCGACUCGCUCAGCGGCAUGCGCAGCCCCGGCGACUACAGCGCCACCUUCCUGCCGGGGCUGGUGCCCGCCGAGGGCUGCCGCGGGCGCGACGGGGGCCUCAACAAGCCCAUCUGCCUGGCGUGGAGCAGCUCCGCCCACAACCACUACAUCCCUCUGGUGGGCGUGAAGGGGGAGGGGCCUCCGCGGCUGCCCGCCCACCUGCUGCCCAAGGCCUGGGGCGUUCCGCAGGAGCUGAUUGGCCGCUACAUCGCUCUGGACGCCGACGGGGGGUGUCUGAUCGGCGGCGAGCGCUCCCUGGGCGACGCCUACCUGCAGCGGCUGGUGGUUGCCAUGGACGCGGUGUUCGAGCAGGCGCACGGCGUGUCGGCGGCGCUCGUAGCCGACGUUCACCACUACGUGUUCCGCCGGCGCGGCGUGGUCGGGGCGCUGCCCGAGGAGGUGACGGCGUCGUCACGGCGAUGGCUGGAGGAGGGCCGCCUGCACCGCUGCCUGGCGUGCGGGGGCGUGUCCGAGCUCAGCGUGCCCCGCGAUUGGCUGACGGCCGGCGGGAAGCUCCACAGCCUGGCGCUGCGCACGCACGGCUCCCUCCAAUCGGAGCGCAGCUACAGUUUCCCGCUCAGCAACCUGGUGUGUGUGUACGACGCCGCGCAGGACACGCUGGUGCCCGACUACGCACACAGCGCCCCGGCCGCCUGCCACACCUGCCACUCGGGCGCGCUGCGGCCACUCACGGCGCAGGGGGGCGUGGCCUACCGGGACGGCGACCGCACGGGCACGCCCAGCAGCAAGGGGAAGUGUGGGUGUGGCUUCAAGCACUACUGGGCGGGGCGUGAGUACGACAACCUGCCCGAGGCCCUGCCCAUCACACUGGAGUGGGCGGGGCGUGUGGUGAGGGAGACGGUGUACUGGUGGCAGUACGAGGCGGAGGCGGAGCUUAACAGCAAUGCGUACGAGGUGGCGGCGCGGCUGGUCGACGCCCACUUCCCCGGGGAGUUCGGGUCGGAGCCGCUGGUCCAAAAGGUCGUGACCUCCAUCCUGCAGCAGACGGCCCGGCGAGGACCCGCCCAGUACCGGCCCGUCAGCGUGGAGCACGCCCACGGCCACGCCCACCCGCUGGACACCCCCCCGCUGGACACGCCUCCUCCCCUGGCGGACCCGCCCUCCAAGAUCAUCCUGGUUGGUCACAAGAGCCGCACGCUGCACAGGGAGGAGCUUACCAUGAGCAAGGCGGAGCUACGGGUGCAGCAGAGCAUCCGUGACCACGCCCCGCAGACACAACAGCGCCGCCCACUCAAGCCCGAUAAACACGCCCCCACGCCGCCCAGGCUGACCACCACGUCGUCGUCGUCGGCUCCGCCCACCCCGACCAAGGCCACGCCCCCGUCCAGCAGCGGUGAGAAGAAGAUUCGUGUCACCACCAGCGACGGUCGCCAGGCAACGCUGACGCUGCAGGAGCUGACCAAUCACGCGGAGCUCCAGCGCAGCAUCACGGCGGCGUUUGGGAUCCCGGCCAAUCAGCAGCGGAUCAGAGUGGGCUUCCCGCCCCGCCCCCUCCUACCCCCCCCUGCUGGGGACUGCGAAGACACACCCGUCCCCCUCCAACACGGGGAGAGAGUCAGCGUGGAGGUGUUGCGAGGAGAGGAGGACUCUGCAGUGAAUGGAGGGGAAGAGGAGAAGGAGGGAGAGAGGGACAGAGAGAGAGAGAGGGAGGAGAAGAGAGGAGGAGAGAGGGAUAGAGAGAGAGAGAGGGAGGAGACGAUGAGUCGUGCUGACAGAGAACUGCAAGACAACAUUGACCUGGAGAUCUCAUCUCUCUGCCUCCUGGCCACACUUAUGGGUGAAGAUGUCUGGUCGUAUGCCAAGAAGCUUCCCCACCUCUUCCAGCCUGGUGGAGUUUUCUACAACAUCGUCAAGAAGGACAUGGGUCUGUUGGAUGGGAAACACUGCUCCCUUCCACAGCUUCCAGGCCGUGUGUUUGUGUACAGUUCCCGUGACGACCGCCUGGAGCUGUGUGCCGACGCCGCGGGUCACUUUCCCAUCAGCCCCGGCGUGGACGAGCUGGCCAAGGAGGCGGGGCUUAAGGUGCCGGCUGACAGCCAAGGGCGGAGCAGAGAGGGAAGCCCCUCCCACACCGCCAUGCGAUUGGGCAGCGGAGGCGUGGUGCGUAAGAAGGAGGCGGGACUCUCGGGAGUCACCGCCUUCCAGGGGAAAGGCCAUUCGCUGGGCAGCUCCCCGGCCACGCCCCUCUCAUCAGAGCAUCAUCGGCCAAUCACGCGCCAACACAGCAGCGGGGUGGACCUGAGUGGCAGCGUGGUGGCUCCGCCCCUUGAGCGGGAGCUGGUCCGCAUGGCGCCCGGCUUUGUCACCACGGCGACGAGGGAUGGGCGUGGCGGCCUGGAUCCCGUCGCCAUAGAAACGCAACGGAAGCGGCUGCAGGAGAUGGUCUCGUCCAUCCAGGCGUCCAUGGACAAACACCUGAAGGAGCACCCACACACACACCCACACACACAGCCACACACACAGCCACACACACAGUCACACACACACACUCCCGCUCUCCAAACCCAGGAGCAGCAGCAGGCGGAGGCGGAGCAAAUGGAGGAUGACUCCACCCCCACAGAGCCCAUGGACCAAUCGUAAGCCACAUAACGCAAAAGCCCUGCCCACAGACCAUCAGUCUGUGUGUGUGUGUGCGUGAAUGACAUCUCUGCCGUGCGUGUGUGUGUGUGUGUGUGUGUGUGUGUGUGUGUGUGUGUGUGUGUGUGUGUGUGUGUGUCUUUCUCUUAACGUGCCUCUGCUCACCUGGACUUUGUCUCCCCGAGUCCCACAUUAUCUUUCACUCUCUGUUUCUCACUCACACACACACACACACACACACACACACACACAUAUGAAGACACA